AUGGUUAUAGAUUGGAUGAUGGAUGAAACCACGUCGAGAUCUGCUGAAAAAUCUUGUAUCAUUUAUGUACGAUACAUGGAGAAUUUUGAAUCAAAAACAUCUUAUUAUGGUUUACUUGAAUUAGAUGGUGAUGGAACUGCAAACAAUAUUGUCAAAUCACUCGUACGUUUAUGGGAACAAGAUGGUAUUAAUCCAGCUAAUACUUGUUGGAUUGCUAGUGAUAAUGCACCCACCUUUACAAUUGAGCGUGAUAGUAUUUAUGAAGGUGUUGUUGCUAAACUGAAACAGCUAUUUUCAAUCGAAUAUAUAGAAUCAUCUCCAUGUAUGGCUCAUUCUUUUGCUCUUGUUGAUGGACAAAAACCUAUUCGAGCACCAUGUAUUGAAAAACUUGAAUCAACAAUUGGUGAAAUACACAAUUACUUUGGCCGUAGUCCAAUAACAAAAUCCAUGCAACAUGAUCAUCUUUCAUAUUUUAAUUUAAUGGAUAUAAUAAAAGAAAAACAAACAGUUUUAAAUCAUUGCAGAUCUGAAUCAACAUCAAUUAUGGGUCCAACACUAACUAGUUAUAUCGAAGCAACAGAAUUAGGAUCAUUCGGUAGUUUUAAGAUCAAAUUAGGUGAUCGUGUUAUGUUUUUUAAUGACUGUCGCAAGCAUAUCCAACGGUUACUUCAAGAAUUAGAUAAACGAUUUAAACCAUCAAUAGUUCAAGAACAUUUAUCUAUGUUAUUUGAUGUUCAACAUUUAAUAAAAAACAAAAAUGAAUUAGAUUCAAUAGAAUAUGGUCGACGUAGUUUAGAUAUUCUUCGAAAAAAAUAUAAAAAUUUACCAGAUUUUGAUUAUAAUUUAGUUAAAAAUGAAUGGGAAUCAUUCAAACCAGUAGUAUUUGAUUAUAAACAAAGUCUUUCAUAUGAUGUUUCGGAACAACAAAUUUGGAAAUAUUUGAUUACUUUCAAACUAUCAACAAAUAAUUUUUUUAUUGAUGAAUAUAAAAAUAUUUUUAUUUUACUUAACGUUUAUUUGAUUUAUCCCACGAAUUCGGUCGAAUGCGAACGUGGAUUGUCAGCAAUGAGUCGAAAUCAAUCUAUUGGAAGAUCUCGAUUGUCAAUACCUACUUUACAGGUUUUAAUGGCCGUUCGUUUACUUUUAAAAGAUGAUAUCAGAAGGAAAGACACUGAAACCUUUUUUUCUGAUACAUACAAUAAAGACGUAUUUUUCUAUAGUGUUCGAUGUCAACAAAUUGUCGAAAAGGCCUUCUUAUCAUGGAUUGAUAAAGAUCAUUCUCGUCGUCUACGUCAAGUACAGCUGUUAACAGAUGUACCUGUUGGUUGUCAACCAACUAAACAAGCACGAUCGGUUGCUAAACGAAAUUUAUCAAUAAUGAAUUUGAAAGAAAUCUGUAAAAAAAUCUAA